AUGGAGGUAUUAAGUACAGCCGAUGUGCUAAGACCAAGAAUAAAAAGAAGCCGAAGUAUAUAUGAAAGGGAAGAAACUAAUCAAGAGAAUAGCCCAAAUCAUCAUCAAAUAGUUCUUUAUGGAGGUUCCAUUAGAAAUCAUUCCUUAAAUUAUGCAUGGAAUGCUUAUUUUGAUAAGAAUAAAGUAAAAAAGAAUAUAAUGGUUUGUUGUGAUUUGAAUAAGAUAUGUAAUGAUAUAUUGAAGGGUGUGGAGAAUAAUAGUUUAACUAUUAAAACAUUUUCAUUUUUAUUAAUAGGUGUAUGUAAUAUAUAUAAAAAGAAGGUAUAUUUUAUCGGUCAAGAUUAUGACUUUUUGAAAAGGAAAAUAUUAUCUUUGUAUAAGAAUAAAGAAGAUAAUUUGAAUGAAUUAAUAAAUAAUAAAGAAACAAAGAAAAGGAAAGGUGGUAAAGACAAUGUUGAAGAUAGUAAUAAUAAUAAUAAUAAUAAUAAUAAUAAUAAUAGUGGUACAAAUAAAAGAAGAAUGAGUCGUACUUCUCUUCAUAUAAAGAGAGGAUCUAUAGGAAUGAAUGAAUUAUUACCAUCUGUAAUUGAUGAUUUUACAAGUAGGAGAUCUCGAUUUUCAUUAAAUGCUGAUGAAAUAAGUAUUGCUGGUACACAACAAAAUAGUUAUGAUAUUUUUAAUGAAAAUGAAAUAAAUAAUCAAAUGAUGUUAGAUAUGUCAGGAUAUAAUUAUGAUAAUAUGCAUGGAGAACAUGUUAUGGAAAAAGUGUUAGAUGCUUCUUAUAUUUCAAGAAACAGUAUCCCCAUAAACAAUUUAGAAGGAUUACAUUUUAAUAGAGCAUUAUCUGAAUCAUUUAAUCAUAUGGAUAAUAUAAAUCUGGAUAAUUCUAUAUUGAAUAAUAUGAUACCAAAAAAUAUGUUUUCUAAUAUAGACGCUUCAUUGAAUGGAAAAAGUGUAAUGGGAGAUAUGAACAAUUUAGAAUUAAAUUCUUUACACAGAAGUGAGCUUUAUUCUCCUGUUAAUGAUAUAUACAACAUUCAGGAUAAUAAUAAAAAUAUAAAUGAUAACAAUAUGAACAAUAUGAAUAAUAUUAAUAUAUCACCCUUUUCGAAUGUUGUAAGAACUAAUGAAUAUACAAAUGAUAAUGUUUAUAAUAAUAUAUCCAAUGAAUUUUCAAAUAUGCAAAAUAUCAAUAGUUCAAAUUUUAUGGGGAAUUUUAAUAGUAUAAAUAAUUCUAUGAAUAACAGAAAUGAUUUAUAUAAUUUAAAUCCAUUUAUGAGCAUGCAAUCCAUGAACCAGGAUAUGAAUAAUAGAAAUAAUUAUCCUUUUGAACCGCGUGGUAGUAAUUAUGGUAAUAUCGAUGCUAGAAGUGAUGUAGUAGUAGGAAGUAUAUUUAGUCCUAUUAAAAAAAAAAAUAUCCCCAAAAAAAAUGAUUACGCAAAUAUGUUAAAUUUUGAAACAUAUCAGAAUUUUGAUUAUUUUGAUCAAAAGGAUGAUGAUGCGUUUAUAAAAAAAUUGAAUACGUUGCUCGGAUUGGAUGAGGCAGAGGAAAUUAUCCUAAAUGAUAAAAACAAUGAUGAUAAUAAUAAAUAUAAUGAUAAUAAUAAUAAAAAUGAUGAUGAUAAUAAUCAAAAUAAUGAUGAUAAUAAUCAAAAUAAUGAUGGUAAUAAUAAAAAUAAUGACCGUAGUGAUACUAACGAUGUUUUAAAUAAUUCAAAUUCUUUAGCAAGUGAAAAAAAUAACCAACUAGCGUUACAUGAAAAUGAUAAAGGCAAGGAGAUUAUUAUUGAGGAACAGGAAAAUCAGAAUAUGAAAAAAAGAAAAUUAGAAAAACAUAUUAUUGAUAGAAAUUAUAUAAUAAAAGAUUCGGUAAUAAGAAGUAUGUUUCGAGAUGAACGUGUAGAUUAUAAAUAUUUUUUAAUUGAUACUAUAAAUAAUGAAAUAUAUGAAAAAAUUGAAAAAGAAUAUCCAGGUUAUCAAUGCUUCUUUUUACAAACAAGUAGUGAUAAAAUAAAACCAGUACAUAAAUUAGAAAUAAAUUUUGGAUAUGAAUCAUUUGAUCACGAAAAGAAAAAAAAAGAAUUAGAAAAUUAUUUAAUUUCCUUAGGAAAUAAUAAAUCCAUAUUAUGUGAGAAUAAGAAUGUAGUAUUUGAUAAUUUUAAUAUCAAAAAGUGCUUAGAUAAUAUAGAUGAACAGAUGACAUAUUAUAAUGAAAAUGAUAGUUUAUCGAAUAAUUUUUUAUCCUUUGAAGAUAAUAAUGAAGAAUAUAUUGAAGGUUCUGAUAAUAAUAUUCCUAGUGAUGGUAAAAAUAAUAAUGAUAAUGAUGAUGUAUAUGAUGAUAUGCAUUUUGAACAGGUAAGAGAAGAAAUCGGUGCAUUAGAUUUCCAUACUUCACAUAAUAUCCAUGCUAAUGAUAAUAUAUUUAAUAAAGAUAGAUUCAGCAUCGAUCCUAUGUUAACUCAAAAUGAGCAACUUGAUUUAAAUUUGAAUGAUUUAAAUUUCAAAGAUGAUAUAGAAUCAAGAAUUAAUAUAGAAAGUCAAAUGUCUAAAAGUUUACAUAUGUAUAGAGAUGGUGAUAGUAUCACAGAAAAAAAUGAUAAUAUAACUAGUGAUAUAAAUUUUGUAAAUGACAAAUUAAAUUCUGAAUUUAAUUCAUCCCCUUUAAAUUUGUCUAUUUCAGAUAAUUAUGAUUUUUCAAAUAUAUUUAGUAAAGAUAAUCAAAGUUCUUUAUAUUCAAUAUUAGAAGAUAAAAAUAUAGAAAUUGAUAUAAACCUAAAUCAAGAUUUUGAUGUUAUUGCAAGAGAAUUAUUAGAAGUAUAUAAAAACCUAUCGAAAAAAAUUAAUUAUAUCUUUUUUGAUAUGAUAACUAGAAAUAGAAAAUCAAAAGACGAAGUAGCUAUUUUAUUUUAUGUUACUUUACAUUUGGCAAAUUUAGGAUAUAUAUAUAUAAUGCAAAAACCAAUUUUACCUGAACAAAUAAAUUAUUAUGAAGAGCAUUUUUCAAGACCUAUAUUAAUACAAUAUAUUGAGAAAAAAAAAAGUUGA